UUUACAAUAGUUACGCAAGAGGGGAUCACUCUACGCAGCUUCGAGCGACGCGCGGACCCGACUCAGCCUCUGGAUCCAGUGAGACCCCGGGCAUCGCCUCCGACAUUAUAGUCACACAAAUAACCUAAAAACUACGAUGAUUUUCCAUCAAGUGUAUAAGCGGCCUAAUUUAAAAAUAAAACUUUUUGAAAAAGGAACACUGUAGGUGGCCAGUGCGUGUUUGAAAUUUGAGUGACUUGUGAGACGUUUUUUGUGGAACGUUUGCAUUUGGAGUUAUUUGUUAUCUGUGAUUUGAGUUUGAGUGUUAUUAAUUGAGACUUCAACGCAAUUAUGGAAGCGGACCGGCGUUAAACAACCAACGAUGAAGUGAGAAGCAAAAUGACGAACGUAAAACUAAAACUAAUGUUCUUCCUUCUAAACGCACUACUAACAGCAGACAUAGUACAUGCUAGACCAUAUUCUGACAACACUACAGAUGUCUAUAUAAAUAAUAAUGAUACUUUUAUUCUACCUGUAGAACCUAAUUCAGAUACACUAAUAGUAGCUACCGAUAAUGAUGGUCACGCAGAUCAAACAGUUGAAGAAACAAAUAGAAAUUCAAACACUGAUAUGGAAGAAAUUGUUAACGCUGAGCAAGAUAGAGACGAAGCGUUAUCAAAGAAGAAUAUGAAAGAAAAAGAUACCGUGCUAGAAAUUAAGAAAGAUGAUGCUCCAGGGUUUGAAAAACAGCUAAACAUAUCAAGUUCUUUGAUGCAAGAUAUAAUAGACUCUGAGACUGAUAGAGACGAAACGCUGACAGAUAUACUUUUCAGACCAGCGUCAGAGUUAGUUGAAGACAUGCCAAGAUUUGAAUUUCUAAUUUCAACAAAGUUAAACGAAACGGAUGUUUAUAACCGGAGCGUUAAGGAUGGUUUAAGUGAUAACAGUUUAGAAGGAAGGAAUAGAAGUAGAAAGCUUGACUACGUGGAACUGGUGGAGGUAUUGAGGCCGAAGGGAGACAACAAGAGUGCAUACUUCGUGAAUAUAACGGGACAUGAGGUCGACAACGAUUUGGCGCCCGAUACAAUUCUGUCCGUGUUUGCAGGGUUCACGGACCUGCAGACCCUGUUCCUGGCCUGCUUCGCCACGCUGCUGCCGCUGCUGCUGGUGCUCUUCGCCACGCUUUUCAUCAGAUGCAUGUGCCGCCGCUACUGCAAGAAGCCCUCCGACACCUCGGACUCCGAAAGCAGCGACAACAAAGACACCACUAGCCAUCAACAGCUCAAGUCACCCAGCGAGGACACCAGGGACGGAGUACCCGUGGACAGCACCCCGGCCAACGGCUCCAUCAUCACCAUGACUUUGAAGAACAACCAUCUCAUUGUUGAGACUGAAGAGAGAAAUGAUAUAACCAAAAACGGGCGUGAGACGAAAAUGAAGUACUCUCCCGACAACGACGGAAUUUUCGUCGUCGAGGUCCAACAGUCCACGGCAUAUCGUCCCAACAACAAGUCGUUGCAGAACUCUCCCCCUCACGACCCUCAGAUCUCCACCAAUCAGGCGCUCAUCCAUCGAGUGCCAGAAGAACCAGAACUAAAGACAAUCGAAGAAGAUAACAUCAGUGGAAAAUUAAGAGAAAAGGCCCUCGCCUUAUCAAGUACCGGACUCUCAAUAUCAGAUCUAAGCAUGUCUUCCAUUGGCUCCCACAACGUCAGCUACUCCUAUGGAAGCCAAAUUGGCUACGAACAAGGCCCUUUCGGGUACCCAAUAUACGCAGGCUACGAUAUACCUAAAGAAGAUAUAGGAGAUGGAAUUAUCCAUGACAGCUCAAGAGAACCUCUCAUUACAAAAACCCCUACAGACCCAGACAAGCCUGUAGUUACAGCAGCUAUAUUCAAACAAGAUUCAAUUAUUGGCAACGAUGCGUUGCAAGGCCCUGGAUAUUGCAUCGAAGGCUCUACUGACGGACCUUUGCUCUCUGACGUCCAAGCUAGGGAAGUCAGCUUGCAACAUAUACAUGAUCAAAUGGAGAAAAAAUUAGAAAACGGUACAGCAGUUAUCGUCUCAGAAACAAUUGAGAGCCCAAAAAAGAGUUUCAACAGAGCCGAUAGUCUGCCCGUGCGGUUAGAAGAAGAAAAAGUCCCAGAUGUGAUAGAGAAGAAUGUGGUGAUGGAGACUAUUAAAGAAGACGACGCACCGUCGAAAGAUGCGUUGAAAGGCAAACGAGCUUCACUUCCUAUUAUAAGAACAGAGAUGUACGAGUCUGUUAAAGAUGCAAUUAGACCGUCAGGUUCUCCUAAAUUUGAGAAGUUUUCCAACGACAUCUCACCGGGAGACACUGAUCUCCCACCACCGAUGAUUACCAUAACUGAGGAAGAAUGUGGCAGGUCUGAAAAUGGUAGUUAAUUAAGUUUUGAAAUUCCUAAAUUUUAUCUACUUAUGUAAAUAGAUGUAAGUUAAAUUGUGAUUAG